GAUAGAUACGCCCGUGGGACUUGGGCACUUGGCUUGAGCCAAAGAAAAUGGAUUUGUGCCCCGGGCGGUAGAGCGCUGGGCUGUUCCCGAUGCUUUGGAACUCCCAUUUAGAAUCUACUGAAAAUUGUGUGAAAUGAGGUCAGCUGGAGAUAACCUUCACGUGAGCUUGGGUGUUGCAGCCACCGUUUUUUGAUGCCUGAGAAUUCUUCGGGUACGGAUGAGAGGACAGGAAGCAUUCUGCAGCAUUGCGAAUUAGGGAGAAAAUAUUAAGUAUCUACAACCACAAGUCCACUGUCUAGAGUAAAAGAAAAAAAGGUUAGCUUUAGGUUUUUGCCCUAAUUGAUCUUGUUGCCCUAAUUGAUCUUGUUCCAGUAGCAGAAGGUUUGGGAGAAAGAGACGCAGCUUUUUUUAGCUCCAAAUGAGAUCAUACCUGUGGUCCUGUAUCUUGCUUUUUCUGUUUAAUAAUGUGUUUUUGAGAUGUUGUCAUGGCAUUACAAAUAGUUCAGAGAAGCCCAACUGGGACUACCAUGCUGAAAUACAAGCCUUCGGACCUCGGUUACAAGAAACCUUUUCCUUAGAUCUUCUUAAAACUGCAUUUGUUAAUAGCUGCUAUAUUAAAAGUGAGGAAGCCAAACGGCAAAAACUUGGGAUAGAGAAAGAAGCUCUUCUUCUGAAUCUUAAAUGUAAUCAAGAACUAUCUGAACAAGGGAAAUCUUUUUCACAAACUUGCCUCACGAAAUUUCUUGAAGACGAGUACCCCGACUUGCCCACUGAAGGCAUCAAAGGUCUUGUUGACUUUCUCACUAGUGAGGAAAUUGUUUGCCAUGUUGCUAGGAACUUGGCUGUGGAGCAGUUAACGCUGAGUGCCGAAUUCCCAGUUCCCUUGCCUGUAUUACAGCGCACUUUCUUUGCAGUAAUUGGAGCCCUCCUACAGAGCAGUGGACCUGAGAGGGCUGCACUUUUCAUCAGGGACUUCUUAAUUACCCAAAUGACUGGAAAAGAGCUCUUUGAGAUGUGGAAGAUAAUAAAUCCCAUGGGCCUAUUGUUAGAAGAAUUGAAGAAAAGGAAUAUUUCAACUCCUGAACCUAGACUUAUUAGGCAGUCUGGAAGCACCACAGUUUUGCCUUUGUAUUUUGUUGGCUUAUACUGUGAUAAAAAGUUGAUUGCAGAAGGACCUGGGGAAACAAUACUGGUUGCAGAAGAAGAAGCUGCUCGGGUGGCACUUAGAAAACUUUAUGGAUUCACAGAGAACAGACGGCCCUGGGACUAUUCCAAGCCCAAAGAGGACUUGAGAGCACAAAAGACCAUCACUGUCAGCUAGCCAGUCAACCCAAACUUUGUGAGCAAAACAAUGAGACAAAUGUCAAAGGUGUUUCAAGCUAGACAUUUUCAGAAUUGUAAAGAAAUACAUCUUAAUCUUUGUACUGUGUUCUAAAAUUAAAUAAAUAUUAUCCAAGUCACAGUA